CUAAUAGACGCAUCUUAGAAGCGGACCAUCUCUGCGAGUAAAUUUAAGUUGUUACAGAUACACCCGUAAAUAAAAUCAACAAUAAAAGAAAAACAUCUCACUAUGCACAACCAUUAUGAAUGAUCCAAAAGUCCCGCCCAUAAAAAAGGCUCAUUUCUUCUUCACACGCCAAUUCCAUGAUGAGGCUUUGUAGCAAAGUUUGUUGUUAACUUCAUUCCCCAAACCAUUGAAAUUGUUCUUCCAAAAGUCUCUUUCCAUCUCUUCCAAAUUUAUCUUCCAUUAUACAAUAAUGUCUUUCACAUCUUAUUACAUUUCUUUGUUAAUCAUCGUUUUGACGAUGGCCACGUUGAGUUCAUGUCAGUUCGAUUUGAUCCGAACUCUUCUUGGUCUCACCCACAUCCAAGGAACGCUCUAUUGUACUCUCAACGGCAACAUGAUCUACGGACUUUUGACCCCAACUUUUCCGAAUGCUGCGGUGGAAAUGCACUGCGGAGCCGCCGGAACUGUGAUUUCGUCCGUCAAAUCCGAUGCGACCGGCAGGUUCUCAAUGCUUCUCGAUGCGCCUCAACUGCUACUCUCCUUUUUACUGAACAAUUGCAGUCUUGUCGUCACGACGCCGCUCGUCAAUUGCAACGGCGCCCUGCCGUCGUUUGGCGCCCUCGCCUCGCCGCUGCAACUCAUCCGAAAUACGUUUCUCGGACUUUUCAAUGUCACCAAUAUCAUUCCGGUAGGGUUCCGAUUCCUUCCGAUUCUUUAAUAUUCAAGAAAAAUGUUCACCAUUGUUGAUGUAGCUAACUAAAUAAACGGAGUCCUUAACUUGGAGAGCUGUAAUGAUGUAUGUGAUGAUCGAGUACUAAAUCUCUACUUGGCUAAUUUUUAGGUGGUUUGGUUUGUU